AUGGCAUUCAAAGUUGUGGCUCUCGCCGUCCUGCUGGUCAUCGUGGCCAUCAAUGCUACGCCGCAGUUUGACCAGCUGCCCGGAGGUAUGACAGCACCGUCCGUGGGUGAGAUGCCGGUCGGAGGGAACCAAACGAACCCGGGUGAUCUGACCAACAACCUGAACAUGACCGUCCCGGAGAACCCGGCCGGUGGAGUCGGUGGAGCCGAGAACGCUACUAUGCCGUCCAACAUCGGCAGUGGACUCCCGAACCGAAUCGGCAACAGCAUCCGCAACCGCAACAGCAACCGAAACAAAGGUCACUAG